UUAAGCAAAAAAAAAAAAAAAGCCCUAAUCAGUUGGUACAUUACAUAGAUUCUUAUCGGACUUGAGUAGUCCACUAGCUAGCCAGCCGAGAUAUGGGCAGGUCAGCCUCCUCUUCGUGGGUCCUCUUGGUGCUCGUUGUCGCUUAUGUGAUUGGUUGUGUCCACUGCAACCCAAACUACAGAGACGCCCUCGCAAAGUCGAUACUCUUCUUCCAAGGCCAGAGGUCCGGGAGGCUCCCGGUUAACCAGCUAGUUAGCUGGAGGUCCAAUUCCGGCCUCACUGAUGGCCAUCUUGCCCAAGUGGACUUAUCAGGAGGCUACUACGAUGCAGGGGACAACGUAAAGUUCAACUUCCCAAUGGCGUACACAACCACGAUGUUGUCAUGGGGCACGCUCGAGUACGGGAAGCGCCUGGGGAGCCAGCUUCCAAAUGCAAGGGCAGCAAUCCGCUGGGCCACCGACUACCUCCUCAAGUGCGCUACCGCCACCCCUGGGAAGCUGUACGUGGGAGUCGGGGACCCCAAUGCCGACCACCACUGCUGGGAGCGCCCUGAGGACAUGGACACUGUCCGGAGCAUCUACUCUGUAUCUGCCUCCAACCCGGGCUCUGAUGUGGCUGGAGAGACUGCAGCAGCUCUUGCUGCUGCCUCCUUGGUCUUCCGCAAGGCCGACCCCAAGUACUCUGCUCGGCUGCUGAAGACUGCAAAGAAGGUGAUGGAGUUUGCAAUACAGUAUAGGGGCGCUUACAGCGAUUCCCUCGGCAACGCUGUUUGCCCUUUCUAUUGCUCUUAUUCUGGCUACAAGGACGAGCUGCUUUGGGGGGCUGCAUGGCUGUUCAGAGCCACGAACAGUGUCUACUACUACAACUUCAUCAAAUCCUUGGGAGCAAACGAUUCUCCCGACAUCUUCAGCUGGGACAACAAAUAUGCAGGAGCAUACGUUCUCCUAUCUCGGAGAGCAUUGCUGAACAAGGACAGUAAUUUCGAGCAGUACAGACAACAAUCCGAAGAUUUCAUGUGCCGUAUUCUGCCAAAUUCUCCCUCUUCCAGUACACAGUACACCCCCGGAGGACUAAUGUAUAAGAUGAGUGCAAGCAACCUCCAGUAUGUUACAUCGAUAACAUCCCUAAUAACCACAUAUUCCAAGUAUAUGUCCUCUGCAAAACACACCUUUAGCUGCGGCAACAUGGUGGUGACCCCAAGUACUCUAAAAUACCUUGCCAAGAAACAGGUGGACUACAUACUAGGAGUAAACCCACAGAAGAUGUCGUACAUGGUAGGCUACGGAGCGAACUUCCCGAGGAGGAUUCACCACAGAGGUUCAUCCUUGCCAUCACAGGCGAGCCACCCACAGGCAAUAGGAUGCGAUGGAGGCUUCCAACAGGGCUACUAUACUUCAAACCCGAACCCCAACAUCCUAACUGGAGCAAUCGUUGGGGGCCCAAAUCAGAAUGAUGCCUACUCGGAUGAGAGAACCGACUAUAGUCAGUCCGAACCCGCUACUUACAUUAAUGCUGCCAUUGUUGGACCUUUGGCCUACUUUGCAGGAAUCUACUCAACUUGAGCACCAUCAAACAAGUGUAAAUAGAUGUGCUCUUAUUAGGUGAUUGAAAGCAGCCUAUUAAAGAGCAAGCAAAAUUGUAGGAAGCUUAUGUAUUAAUUGGUAAGGGCAUGGCAAGCAACCCGCCCUAAUCUAUUAAGUUAAUUGAAAUAUUACACUUCUAGCAAAA